AGAACGCUCUCGAUAAAUGUUCAUAAUUAUUUAAUAACAAUCAAGAUCGUAUGGAAAAUCAUUCCUGAAUGUUAUCAAUGAUCUAAACCUUAUAUCAAGAGUGCUGAAGCGGUUAAAUUGUUUGCAGAAAGUUAAUAAACCAACGAAUAAUUAGAGUACCGAGAGGGUCAGACCACUGCAAAAGCAUUUUAAAGGGAUCUAUAUUUAGAAAGUAUUUAGUAGACAGUUUACAAAAUCUAGUAUCUAUAAAUGUAAAGUAUUGCAAAUGAACAUAUAUUAAGAUCGUAUUUCACGAUGUUACAGGUUUCAAACACUUUCCAAACAUUGAAAAGAUUUAAUUAGAAUAGAUUAAUACCUAAGGAUUAAACUUUUAUCAGAGAGUAUCUAACACUACGUCUGGAUAUCUGUCGAAAGGUUUCUACUGGAACUGGGUAUAGUUGGAAUUCGCGAUUCUGCAUUUUGAUUUACAAAAUUUAUCAUGGGAAUCACGCAUCGGUUCGUCGUUAAACAUUAAGAUCGACGUAUCCCCUGUGAUCAGACGUGAUUAUAGCGUGAUGCAACUGUCCCUACCAAACGUCGUUCAAUCGAGGACGAAUGCAAGAUAACGUACAACCUGAUUACAGGUUAUCGUAUCGCAAAAUCGUUCUAUAAUUUCGUAGCUUCUAAAUUGAAAUGUUUCAACGUUACGACUGAAACGGAAGUCAAUGGAUGCUAGAUAUAACUCAAAAUUGCUCGACAUCUUCACCCAUUACUGUACUUUGUAGUUCGAGCGAAGAUUGUGGCUCGAGAACGGCUCGUGCAAGAUGAUGGACGUAUCUAAGACGGGACGAACGAGACUUAGCGACAUUGCGCCGAAUAAACAUUUGAAAAUUAGCCUGUCGAUGAUUUAUUACAUGGGCAUGUGGCCCUCGGGGGUGAAAUAUCGGUAUUUGUAUGGGCUGUACACAGUUCUCAGCUUUAUUUAUUUGUUGGGAAUUUUUCUCGCCACCGAAAUCGCGUAUCUUAUCGUGAGCUGGGGAAGCAUGGAGAAAAUAGUCGCGGGUGCAACUAUUCUUAUGACGAAUAUCACCCAUGCUUGUAAGGUGUUGUUUAUUCUCCAUCGACAUAAGCGCAUCCAAAAUCUAGUCGACGUUACGGAAAGCGAAAUGUUUAGCCGCGAUAACGCGAAAUACAGGUGCAUAGUGACGCGUUAUACUUGGCAAGGUAUCUUUCACCACAUCGCCUAUCAGAGCUUCGGUGGUAUGGCUGUAUUCACUUGGGGCUUCACGCCGAUCGCUAAUUUACUCACUGGAAGAUCCAAACAAUUGCCAAUGGAAGGAUGGUAUCCUUAUAACGUAACGAACACGCCAGCCUUCGAGAUCACUUCGUUAGAUCAAGCUAUAACGAUCAUUAUCUGUUGCUUCAAUAACGUAGCGAUAGAUACUAUGAUAACGGGUUUGAUCACAAUUGCUUGUUGCCAGCUAACGAUUUUAAAUCAGAACAUUGCUUCGAUAAACAACGAAACAAAGAGACAAUCUAUUUCGAAAGAUAUCGUUGAUGGAAAGAAAUGUACAGAAGAUUCUUGCCAUGGAGCGUAUAAAGAUUUGAAACGCUGCGUUGAGCACAGUAAUAUGAUAUUUGAUUUCUCCAAAGAGAUCCAAAGUAUAUUCGGUACUGCGAUAUUCCUUCAAUUUCUAGUAAAUUGUAUUAUUAUCUGUUUGAUAGCAUUCAAUAUAGCACAGAUGAAAGUUUAUAUUCCGUCCAUUCUCUUUGGCAUGGUGAUGUAUAUGUGCUGCAUGACGUACCAAAUAUUUAUAUUCUGUUGGCACGGCAACGAAUUAUAUCUUCAUGUACGUUAUCGUCCCAUGAUAUUCGAUAAUCAAAAGCAAGACAAUUCUGCUGAAAAAUCACAUUUACAGAGCGUCAAUUUAAUUUUCGCCAGCUAUUCGAACGAGUGGUGGCAUAAAACUAAAAACUUCAAACGGGGGAUACAAAUUAUAAUGAUAAGAGCUCAACGCCCUCUUAUCUUAACCGCUGGAAAUAUUAUGGAGUUAUCUUUACAGACAUUUGUUCGAAUUUUGCGUAUGUCGUAUUCCAUUUUUACAGUCUUGCAAACUUCGGCGGACGCUUGAGUCUCUUAUGAAACAUAAAAAGUUUCGUGUAGAAAAAUAUUUAAAAUAUGUAUAUUUACGAG